AUGAGCAAGCUCCCAGAGAUGGUCGCUCCUGCCGAUAUUUUUUAUGAUAAAGAAAACACACUUAAAUAUGAAACAAAUACUAGAAUACAAGAAAUACAAAAAGAAAUUACUCGUAAAUGUUUCGAUUUACUAGAACUUUCUAAGCCAGGACUUAUACUUGAUAUAGGAUGCGGAACCGGAAUAAGUGGAAGCGUAUUGAGUGAAAAUAACUGUGAAUGGAUAGGUUUAGAUAUUUCGUAUGAGAUGCUUAAAAUAUGUCGAGAUAAAGAAGAAUCUAUAGAUCAAAUCAAGUGUGAUGCUGGUGAAGGACUGCACUUUAAACCGGGCAUAUUUGAUGGUGUUAUAAGUGUUAGUGCCAUACAAUGGCUUUUUCAAAGUUAUAGAUCGAACCAUGUUCCGAAAAAACGAAUAAGAAAAUUUUUUACUGAUCUUUAUUCUGUGUGUAAACCUAAUACAAAAUGCGUGUUACAAUUUUAUUUAAAGAGUAAAAAAGAUUUAGAACUUUUGAAAAAUGAAGCUAACCGUGCUGGGUUUUUUGGAGGAAUUCAUAUUGAAAGACCCAAUACUAAAAAUGUUAAACAAUAUUUGGUUUUACAAAAUUAUGUAUUAAGUAGUGAAAAUAAAGUUAAAAAGAGGAAUGUUAAAAGAAAUAAAAAAAAUAAAAGAUAA